CAGCCGCGAGCACAGCAACCGCAUCUCCAACUAGAGGUAACUACAUCAUCAUCACCGUGUUUAUUUGUUGGACUGUUCAACACAAACACCAGACCAUUGGCCAUCAAGAUGAAUGUCGACGAGCUGUUUCAGAAAGCGGGAGUUCCCAGCAAACGCAAGCUGGAUCCCAUUCGCGAUCCGAACGAAAUCUACAAGUCCGCCAAAUUAUCUUCCAACGGCAGCCGACACGCGCAGGUAGAGGACGGAGACGACAUAGAAGCGGGUCCAGCACCACCUCCUGAAGAUGGAGAAGAUGAUGGCGACUACGGUCCCUCAGCACCACCAGUCGAAGAUGACGGCGACGAUGAAGAAGGUCGAUUCUUCGGCGGUGGCAUAACCGCCCAGGAGAAGGAGAUUCUCGAUUUCAUGGACAGCAACACCGCCGCCCCAGCCGACGACCUCUUGACAACAGACAAGAUUGACCUUUCCUGGCUAAAGAAAACCGCACUCAACUUCGAGAAGCGCAUCACGCGCAACGCGGAGCUCCGCGCCCGCCACGAAGACGAUCCCUCGAAAUUCAUCGACUCGGAAGCCGACCUCGACGCCUCCAUCAAGGCUCUCUCCAUCCUCUCCGAGCACCCAGAACUUUACGCCGACUUUGCCCGUCUCGGCUGCGUUUCCAGCCUUGUCUCCCUCCUCGCCCACGAGAACACCGACAUUGCCAUUGACGCCGUCGAAAUUAUCAACGAGCUAACGGACGAAGACGUCGCUGCCUCCGACGAGCAGUUCUCCUCUCUAACCGACGCCCUUCUCGAAGCCGAUCUGCUCGGUCUCCUAGUUAGCAACUUCUCCCGCCUAGACGAACAACAAGAAGCCGACCGCACGGGCGUCUACCAUGCCCUCUCCAUCAUCGAAAACCUCUGCUCCCGCCGCGAAACCGCCGACCAAAUCGGCAAACACACCGAACUCCUCGAAUGGCUGCUCUCCCGCGCCAAAAAGUCCGAAUCCCCAAUUGUCUCACAAAACAAGCAAUACGCCGCCGAAAUCCUCGCCAUCAUGGUCCAAUCCUCCCCCGCCAACCGUCGCCGCUUGGCCUCCGACGAGCUAAACGCCGUCGACACCCUCCUGACGCUCAUCGCCCCCUACCGCCGCCGCGACCCCGAGCGCGGCUCCUUCGAGGAAGAAUACAUGGAAAACCUCUUUGAGUGCUUAACCUGCCUAGUCGACGACCCCCUCGGCAAAGCCAAGUUCGUCGAAGCCGAAGGCGUCGAACUCUGCCUGCUCAUCCUCUCCUCCGCCGACAUCAAAGGAAAGCUUUCCAAGCCCGCCUGCCUACGACUUCUCGACCACGCGGCCUCUUUUUCUUCCGAAGUCUCUCUCAAGAUCGUCGAAGCCGGCGGUCUCAAGACCCUCUUCACCCUCUUCAUGUCCGGAGACAAGUCGUCAGACAAAGACAACAAGAAGAAGAACAAAUCCAAGACAACAACACUAUCAAAACAAGACAUCGAACACCUCUUGGGUAUCUUUGCUUCCAUGCUCCGCCAUCUACCUGCAGCCACAGCCACAGCCACAGCCACAGCAGACGACUCAACAACCGGCGCAGAACGGAUCCGCCUCCUAGCCAAAUUCGUUGAAAAGAACUACGCCAAGACAUCCAAGCUCAUUCGACUUCGUCGCGAGUACGCCGCGCGCGUCAGCCACGUAGACGAAGCCAUCAAGGCAGAAGAAAACUUGGACGAGGAUGAGGCCUUUUCUCGCAGAUUGGACGCCGGGCUUUUCUGUCUACAGACGAUUGACGUGAUCUUGGCAUGGUUGAUUGCUGAAGAUACGGGAUGUCGGGCAAAGAUCAGGGAAUUGUUGAAGGAUCGGGAUGAGGACUUUGGGACGCUGGCGAGGACGUUGAGGGAGCAGAUGGCGGGGGUGGAUGGGGAGACGGAGGAAGGGAGGGAUACGGGGGAGAUGUUGAAGGCGCUGUUGGAGUUUUUGGAGUAGUUUGUGUCUGAAAAAGGGGGAUGGG